AUGUUACACGCUUCGAGAUCACGAGCGUUUAGUCGCGUACUCACCAGUACACAAUUGCGACAUAGAUCAACGACAACUUCCCCCCUCACCUCAACCGCCAUAGCUCAACCUAUAACCUCCGUCCUAAUUGCCAAUCGAGGAGAAAUCGCCCUUCGAGUGGGUCGAACAGCCUCAGAUCUCGGUGUGCGAUGUACAACCAUCUACACGGACCCAGACGCCCACUCACAACAUGCGCUCUCCUCUCCCUUUGCCGUAAACCUCGGCGCUCCAUCCGCGUACCUGGACGGUGAACGCAUUAUCAAAGCCGCGAAGGAGAAUGGUUGCGAGGCUUUACACCCCGGAUAUGGGUUCUUGAGCGAGAACUCGGCGUUUGCGAAGAGGUGUGUGGAGGAGGGGUUGGUGUUCAUUGGACCGCCGUGGAAGGCGAUCGAGGCGAUGGGGAAUAAGAGUCGGAGUAAGGAGAUUAUGAUUGCGGCGGGCGUGCCGUGUAUCCCUGGGUAUCAUGGCGCGAAUCAGGAUCCCAAGUAUCUUCUUGAGGAGGCGAAGAAGAUUGGGUUUCCGGUUAUGGUGAAGGCGGUUAAGGGGGGUGGUGGGAAGGGCAUGCGGAUUGCGAUGACGCCGGAUGAGUUUUUGGAUAAACUUGAGAGUGCAAAGUCGGAGGGCAGGAAUAGUUUCGGCGAUGAUGAGAUGUUGGUUGAAAAGUACAUUGCUACGCCCAGACAUAUUGAGGUGCAGGUUUUUGCGGAUAAGUUUGGGAAUGCGGUUGCGCUUGGAGAGAGGGAUUGUAGUUUGCAGAGGAGACAUCAGAAGAUUCUUGAGGAAGCUCCGGCGCCGAAUUUGGAGGAGGGAAUUAGACAGGAGUUGUGGGAGAAGGCUAGGGCUGCGGCGCUGGCGGUUGGUUAUGAAGGUGCUGGGACGGUUGAAUUCAUAUUCGACAAUGAUACUAACGAGUUCUUUUUCAUGGAAAUGAACACUAGACUACAAGUCGAACACCCAGUCACAGAAGAGAUUACUGGAGAAGAUCUAGUGUCAUGGCAGUUCAAAGUUGCAGCAGGUGAACCACUUCCGUUGACGCAAGAACAAAUUACGCAAAGAAUAGCGGAACGAGGAUGGGCUCUUGAAGCUCGGAUUUACGCGGAGAAUCCAGAUCAGAAUUUUAUGCCUGAUUCUGGAAAACUAAUCCAUCUCCGUACACCAAAACUAUCUGAUAGUGUUCGUAUCGAUGCUGGAUUCAUCGAAGGAGACACUGUUUCUUCAGCUUACGACGGUAUGAUUGCAAAACUCAUUGUAAGCGGUCCAACACGAGAAGUCGCUCUUCGUAAAAUGUACGCAGCAUUGCAAGACUAUGAAGUUGUCGGUCUGAGCACCAACAUCGAAUUCCUAAAACGAAUCUGUAAAAGUCCCGAUUUCAUAAAAGGAGAAGUCGAAACGGGAUACAUUCAAAAACACCACGACGAACUCUUCACCCCCGAAAUCACCAAACCCGAAACCUUCAUCCAAGCAGCCCUCGGAAUCCUCGCCCAAGAACAAUCCUUAAAACCCACUUCUUCAGGACCACACGGUCUACUAAUCGGCUACGGCUCACCCGACUCCCGCACCUUCUCCUUCGUUGUCGGAAACACAGACGCAACAUCUAAACCCGAUCCGACUACAGUAACAACAACCCAACUCGCCCCAAAUCUCUACAACAUCACCCUCACUUCUCCCUCAUCAGAGCCCAUAAUUUACACCAACAUCACAACCACCUCCACCCCAAAAUCAAUAACAACAUUCUACCCGCACACCCGCCUAACCACCACCCUAAUCCCCACGCCCUCCCCCCCAUCCUCCCUCCCCGGCUCAAAAACCCUAACCCUCUUCCAAACCGGCACAUCCACAACCCUCACGCUCCUCCCACCCGCCUGGCACGCCAGCGCAUUGAACCUGAAAGCAGCAGCGAAUACCGUGUUGGCGCCUAUGCCCUGUAAGAUCCUGCGGCAUGAGGUGGCCGAGGGAGAUAGCGUGGAGGUAGGACAGGCGUUACUCGUUAUUGAGAGUAUGAAGAUGGAGACGGUUAUUAGGGCGCCGAAGGCGGGGAUGGUGAGGAGGUUGGUGGGCGUGGGGGAGAUUUGUGGGGCGGGGAGGAUGCUUGUUGGGUUUGUUGAGGAGGAGGAGUAG